GACCUGGACUCCUUCCUCACCUGGUUGGUCCAGACGCAGACCGCCGCUGCCUCAGAGCAGCUGCCCAACAAUCUGGAGGAGGCAGAGAAGCUCAUCAACGAGCACGCUGCUCUCAAGGAAGAGAUUGGACGGUACGAAGAGGACUACGAGCGCCUGCAAGCCAUGAAUGAGCUCCUGGAGUCCGAGGAGGCUCCUCUCCCACAGGCCGCCCUGCAGCAGUGGCUCCAGAAACUCGAUGUCGGCUGGAACAAGCUGCUGGAGAUGUGGGAAAGCAGGAGAGAAGUUCUGGUCCAGGCUCACAUUUUCCAUCUAUUCCUGCGUGACGUCAAACAGGCCGAAUCCUUCCUCAACAACCAGGAGUCUGCGCUCGCUCACGUGGAGCUGCCCACCACAGUGGAAACAGUGGAAGCAGCUAUAAAGAAACACAAGGACUUCACCACCACCAUGGAGCUGAACCUGCACAGGAUCAAAGCUGUGAUCGAGGCAGGAGAAAGUCUCAUCAGCCAGAACAACAUCUACUCCGAACGCAUUAAGGAGCGCAUCGACACUCUUGCCAACAG